UGCCUCUUGUUCUCUUGCUUGUGCGAGCGCUCGGUCAGCAUCUUUAAUAUCGCGAAGUAGCUCGCUACGUACUUCGCUCACGUGCGCGAGUCACCUCGGUCUACUAUGUUUGACGAAGAAAAACACCCGUCUUCCGAUGAGAGGGAAACCAGAACAAGUGACGCUGGCGGCAAUAAUCCCAUCACUACGUCCGAUGAAGAGAAGAGGCUCGUGCGCAAGCUUGACCGUAGGAUUCUGCCCAUAACAUGCCUGCUCUAUCUCUUUGCUUAUCUUGAUCGCACGAAUCUUGGAAAUGCACGCCUCCAGGGACUGACUGAGGAGAACCUUGGUGGCGACCCUACUGGUACACUGUAUAAUUGGGUCAACUCGGCAUUUUUCUUUUCGUAUAUUAUCUUUCAAGUGCCUGCAACGAUAACCUCAAAGUUGUUUCCGCCAUCCUACUGGAUAGCGUGCGCGGCUGUUGGAUGGGGUAUAUGUUCCACGUUAAUGGCAACGACAUUCAACUUUGGAAGUCUCAUAGCCGCCCGCGUUUGUCUUGGCAUAUUUGAAGCUGGCUUUGGCCCUGCAAUUCCACUUUAUUUUUCGUUCUUCUACACUCGCACCGAAAUGGGCCUGCGCAUGGCAUACUGGUUUGGUUUUGCGGCGGUUGCAGGUGCUUUCGGUGGGCUUAUCGCGUUCGGUGUGCAGCAAGUGGGGUACGGACCGUAUAUCGUUGGCGUAGGAGGAGAGUGGGACUGGAAAGUCCUGUUUCUUAUUGAGGGAAUCCCGGCUCUUCUUCUUGGUGUUCUGACUUUCUUCGCGCUCCCUGACCGACCAGAGAAUACUAGAUACUUGAAUGCGAGAGAAAGAGAAAUUGCAAUGGAGCGCAUGAACAGGGGCACGAGCGCGGAUAUUGGUGCUGUGAUCAACAAAGAACACAUCAUGAUAGCUCUUCUAGAUUGGCGUAUAUACACCGGUGGAAUGAUUUACUUUGGUGUGAACUGCGCUCUGGCAAGCAUUUCGGCAUUUUUGCCAACGAUCAUCACGACUUUUGGAUACACCAACGCGCUCGCCCAGUUACUCACAGUACCGCCAUAUGCAGUGGCUGCCAUCGUCCUCUGUAUGACAUCCUACACAUCCGAUCGCAUGCAGAACCGUGGCUUAGCGGUUGCAGGUGCAUGUGCUGUCGGUACUAUUGGCUACCUUCUUUUGCUUACAGUCCCCAACAAUGUCCACGUGCGAUACUUCGCCGUGUUCUGCAUCACGAGCGGGACAUAUACUGCCAUUGGCUUAAUCAUUGCAUGGUUUGCACACAAUCUCGGCUCUGAGACCAAGAAAGCGACGGGCAUCCCGAUGUUCAUGGCGAUUGGGCAAUGCGGGAGUAUCCUCGGCUCGCACAUAUACCCUUCGACGGACGGCCCGAGGUACAUCUCCGGCUUCGCUAUAUCAUGCGGCCUCGAGGCGUUUGCUACUGUUUGCGCGCUAGUGCUGUGGGUGUCAUACAUGUAUGAUAAUGCGAAACGCGAUCGCGAGUAUGGGCGUCCAGAACCAGGUGCUAAUGUGGAUACAAGCAAAUUGGCGGAUAAGGCGCCUAUGUUCAGGUACAUAGCUUAGUGAGGAGGGACGUACGAAUUGGUGACAAUUGCAAAUAUGUAUCUAUACAUCACUCUUCCCUAUGACAACCUAGUUGAAUUAUGCACUUGGAAGGGCAUCAGUAAAAUAUUAUUAUA